GAACUAUUCCAGCUGGAUGAAAUGAUAAAGGAAUACCCAGAAACCGAUUUACAACAAUUUCGUCUAGGAAUCCACAAAGAAACGAUCCAAUUCAUCAAGAUACACAAUGAGUAUCGUAUCCAUACAAUCUUGCACUUCUCGACAAAUCUAAUAUCUUUCGUUAUUCUAAGUGGUUAUUCCUUUGGGG